UUUCCCCUUAAAUCAACAACUUGAUCGACCCAACAAAUAAGUAUUAUCUUUUCGAUGGCUUAUCAACAAAUGACGACGAUAAGUCGUUAUUUUUUCGGCGACUCUGAUAAAACCGCCUUCUCCGUAUCGAUCGUUGAGAACUUGAAAGAAGACUAUGGCUUAUUCGUUUGGCCUUGUAGCAUCGUAUUGGCCGAGUUUGUUUGGCAACAGAGAUAUGGCUUUUCCGGGAAUGAUGUAGUCGAGCUCGGUGCAGGAACUUGCUUACCUGGAUUGAUAGCUUCCAAAGUUGGCUCCAAUGUCACCCUUACCGACGAUGCAAAUAGAUCGGAGGUAGUAUUGAUGCAGUGUCUUUGAGUUGAAAUUUGAUAAUUUUAUCCAAAAUUAAUUACUUUGGUGGAGAUUAUUG